AUGAUUGUCUACAGAACAGCUCAAGCUCUCAUCUGUCUUCUCAUCAUUGUGAUGGCAGGAGCAGAGGUGCAGGAAAACCUUGCACCUGAGUGUAAACAGUUCCUGUUCAUGGGCACACUGCCUCGAGGGCUUGAGGACCAGCCUUUUAAAAAGAUUUGCCAGUUCUACAAGGGCAACCCGCGGUAUGUCACCUUGUAUGACACUUUCAACCACAUCCCGGUUUAUUCUGCGUACACCUUUAAGCGAUCGGAUGGCUCCAAGAAGGCUGAUGCACCUUGGAUGUACGAGCCACAACUCUCCACAGUCUCUGGAUCACGCGAGAUGCAGCAGUUGCCUUCUGAAAAUGUUCAUAAAAGUUUUGAGGAUGCUCAGGCUGUGCUUGAGGACUACUCUGACAGUGUAAUCUUUGAACGUGGUCAGCUGAAUCCAGACGAACACCAGGCCCACCCUGAUGACAAAGCAUCCACCUACACUCUGACAAAUGUGGUCCCUCAGGUCAGAGAGUUCAACAUCGGCCCUUGGAAAAACCACGAGCACACCAUCCGCAGGCGGCUCAACAACUACUGCCGUGGCACCGCCUAUGUGGUCACCGGGGUCACUAACUCGGGGCACACAAUCCGCCGCAACAACAUCAACCGCCUGGGCAUCCCCACCUACUUCUGGUCGACCUACUGUUGCAUUGAUUUUGACCACAAUGCACCAUACUCAGAGCGCUCAAAGUUUCCUGCGUUUGCAGCUCACGGGCUCAACGACAGGGAAAAUAAUAAGGUUCAAGAGAUGACGGUGCAGCAGCUGGAGGACUUCCUGAAGAGGGUAACUUUUGUCAGCAGCUCUUUUCAGGUCUUUUAUGACAACUGUGUGCCUCCUAAUAGUGCUAAUAGGGCCCCGCACCUGCCUUAA